GCGUUGACCAAACAGCUGCUGCUGAUAGGCCCUUUUCGCCUGUCUUUCAUCCAAAGCAGCGCGAAGGGGGGCAGCCCACAACCAGCUGCCUGCUGCUUGGGGGGGAUCACCACGUGACCUCCCCUCGGAGAGAUGAAUUCACUGGAGCAGGCCGAAGACCUGAAAGCCUUUGAGAGAAGACUGACAGAGUACGUCUCCUGUUUACAACCUGCAACUGGCAGGUGGAGAAUGAUUUUAAUCGUGGUCUCAGUCUGCACAGCCACCGGGGCUUGGAACUGGUUGAUAGAUCCUGAUACACAAAAGGUGUCUUUCUUUUCAUCGCUGUGGAAUCAUCCCUUCUUCACCAUCAGCUGCGUAACACUCAUUGCACUCUUCUUUGCCGGGAUACACAAGCGAGUUGUGGCACCGUCGAUUAUCGCUGCAAGAUGUCGGACAGUUUUAGCAGAAUACAACAUGUCUUGUGAUGACACGGGGAAGCUUAUACUGAAACCGCGGCCAAAUAUCCAGUAAGCGUCCGGUUGUGGGUGGUCGGAAGACAUCGAGGGGACAUGAUUGUAAUUGUGAAGACAUUUUGUCAAGGAGGGAGAGACAGCCAUUUUGUAGCUGUGUGUAUGUUGAAGCUGCUCAGUUUCUCUUAACAGUUGUUGUAUGUAUUUCUGUGAAUUAUGUAUUUUAUCUAUUCAUAUUUUUUUAACUAAUAAAUGUAAGCGCAAUGAAAAUGUCUUAUUUAUAAUGCUC